UGGCUAACUGAACUGCUGUUAUAAAUUGAAGCUAUUCUAUUUGCAAUCUUUCCAAACAAAACAAACAAUUUUAUUUUGGAAGCACAAAUUUAGGAUUAAUUUUAAAAUUCACGGUGUUUUACCGUUGGCAGCUUUAAAAAAAUGUAAAUCAAUAAAACAAAUUGUUUAUUUGCUAAGAAACCGGCCAAUUAAAUAACUGACGUAAUCGAGCCGUGACAACAUCGCUUUUAUUGAUACGGGCCAUGUCUAGCCAAAUGUUUUUUACGCUUAUUAUUGUGCAGAUUUAUAGGCAGUGAUGGUAACAGUAGGGAUGCUGAAGUAGUACUUCUAUUUUCAAGGAUCUCUUGCCUAUAAUAUGGUGAUUGUUGUCUAUCGGCGAAAAUAUUUAAAACAUUAGCUUGUAUUAAGACUGAAUUUGUUCUAAACAAAAUGAACGAUCCGUGGGACGUAAAAUCUGUAAGGCAAUCCGGACAAUACUUGUCCUGCAUGAAGAUAAAUGGCGUGCCACUUCUACCCCCUGUUUUGUCGAAAGAAUGCCGUAAAGAAAUGCAAUACUACAAGCUACUGGCUAAAGAAGUGGAGAAACGAAUACUGCUCCUGAAGACGUUUACAUCUUGCAGUGAUUCUGAAUCAAGCGAAGAUAAGACUGAUGCACCAGAAAUACCUGAAUCUGAACAGAACUAUGAGGUGCCAGUAGAAAUAGCAUCUGUUGACACUGAAAAAAUUUUAAAUAGCGAGACUGAAAAAACUUCAAAUAGAUCAAUAACAAAUUCUCCCAAACUCAGUUCGCUGUCCAGUAACAACUCGGAUAAAUUAUGUUCCAAUUUGACACCAAUCACAGACACAACAUUAAAUGAGUCAUCAAAAUUAGUUAUCGAUGUAAGUUUGAGUUUUAGCCAAACAGAUGAAACAACCUUGCAUGGAAAUAAAACUCUACCCCAAGAUACACCCUCAGAUUUACCUGAACAUGAUGUUGAAAAACCUAGGAAAGAAGACAAACCUAAUUUCAAACUUGAAUGUGAUAAAGUAAAGCAACCAUCAAAUAAAUCUACUUUUGGGAUUAAUAAUAAAAGUGCUACAAUUGAUAAUUUUCUACCCAGCAUGCAUUGUGAUGGACCAUCAUCACUUGGUGCAAAAAGCUUUACAGGUUCACUUAAUGAUAUUCAUAAAGGAAUUGAAAAAACUACACAAAGCAAUCCAUUAAUAAGACAAAGAUCGUACACCGUUCUGACUCCUAGUCCUAUGCUGCUGGCACAUUUGCAGAUACAGUCUCUGAGCACAGGGGUAGAGAUGGCAGCAAUAUCAAUGAGCGAGUCACGCUCUAAUCUAACUUCACCUAACAAAAAACGUAAGAGCUGGGACUUAGAGACAGCCAAGGCAACAUGGUCAAAUAUGGCAUUGGAGCUAAAGAAAAAUAAUAUUGUAAUUAAUGUAGCUUUAGAUGGAAAUAAUGAUAUAAAAUGCAAUGGCACUAAGAAACGGCUUUUGUCAAGAUCAGCUGACAAGUCUAAAGGACAAACAGUUCUGAGAUCUAGAUCCGCAGCCACUGAGAAAACGCGCUAUAGUAAUGUAAAUUCUAAACCAUUAAUUCAGUCUGAGCCGAUACAUAAAAAUCAUAAAUCUCGUAACGUAACUAAAAAUAUAAAUGAUAAAACUCAUGAUCAUCAAAAGUCUAAGGAACCAAAGUUGCAAUCACCACAACUAGGUCCCGAGACCGAUGACCCUGACCCCGCCAAGCGUGUGAGAGAACUCUACGAGAGGAUACAAAAGCAGCAGCUCAUUCAAAUGGCAACACUCGUAGAAAAACAGAAAAAGGAACAAAUUCUUUUGCAACAGGUUUUCGAGGAGCAAAACAAUUUGCUUUUUAAUCAGUUGAAAACGAUUUGCCCAAAAUCACCUGGUGAAGUGAAAACAGCUUGGAUUGACAAAAACGAAACACCAGAACGAGGACCCGUCAGUCUCAGUCAGUUAAUAACUCCCAAAGCUGCGGAAGUGAGUGACCGCGACAGCCCCGUGUCUAGCACAUUGACAGAUACCAAUCAUUAUUUAAAUCACUGUGAUAACGUAUUAAAAAAGAGCAGGGAUAUAACUAGCACUAUAAAAAAACAGUAUAAGGAAUCUAAGAGUGAAAGUAAUUCAAAAACCUCGCCGGCUAAAAGUGAUGUCGUAAAGAUAAGAAAUCAUUCACCCAACAAUAGAAAUACUUCUAGAAAAUUAAUAUACGACACGAGCGUGUCUUCUGACCGCGAAUACGACCUUAUCCUGACCGACCGCACGAACGACACGAUGGCCGACCUGAACGUUACCUUCCCUUCAGACAACAGUGAAGGCAUCCGUCCAGCGAGUUACGUCGGUGUAGAAAACAUACAUGGCGAAGAAAGAACCGAUCACGACAGAUCGUUCUCGACGAAAGAGGAACCUAGAGACACCGAUCGCGCCAUAAAAAGCGUAGAAGACUCUAUAAAGAAUUCAAUUCUUGACGUUCGUGCUCGACUUCUUAAAAAAGACGUAUUCCGUACUCCUACACCCCAAGAGCGUGCGGCGGCGACAAAGAUAGUAGCGUACGCGAAAGGUUACCUGGUGCGUCGUCUGCUGCGCACGGAGCGCGUGCGGGCGACCGUGCAGACCAUCCGCGACGCGCUGCUGUGUGCGCUGCAGCUGCACCAGGAGCGCGCCGGCAUCCGCGGCCCCGACGUCGACUUGCACCGCCGUCUCAUACAGCAGAUAACAGCGGCGUGUUAUUCAUUACACGAGACCUUCAUCACGAGCACGGCGGCGGAGCGGUGCGCGCUGCUGGCCGCGGACCGCGCCCGCCAGCGCGCGCUCGCCUUGCGCGCCUCGCCCCGACAUUACCGCCCUACUGACAUAAUGUCACAAUCGCACUCUGGGUCGUUCGGUUCGCGCGCUCGUCGUCCCUCGCCCGGCGCCGCCAUGUCGCACUCCAGCCACGAGAGCUUUAGCGGCGAUAAGUCGGGGCUGCGGGCGCGGUGCGUGGGCAGCCCGCGUCGGCGACCGUGGCGCUGACCGCGGGAGCCGCGCCAAGGGUGCUUCGCCCUCUGCUGGCCGACCCCGCCCCCAUCAGCGCACCUCUGACCAC